AUGGCGAAGCCUCAUGACUCCUUCUCAUUCUCUAGGAGAUACUUCCAAUGGAGAAAGAAGGUUGAAGAUGAUGAAGAUGACGAAGAAAUUUUAACUUUUAGCUCAUCGUCGCAGGUAUUUGACGAUGAGCGGAAAAUUGGGGACCUUAACGUUCCGGUGCUUUCAGUGUCUCAUUCACUGAAAGCACCGAAGAAAAAACUUCCAAUCACGACAGUUUCUUCUAAAUUGCGAUCGUUUCUUAGUUUUGGUAAGAACCGAUCGCACCAAUCUCAAGGACUUGGCACCAAAGUGGUGUGUACUCUAUUUGGGUACAGACGAGGCCAUGUUCACAUCGCCUUCCAAGAAGAUACCAAACUGAGUCCACCAUUUUUAGUCGAACUUGCGACAUCAACAAGCGUGUUAGUGAGAGAAAUGGCUUCUGGGUUGGUCCGAAUAGCGUUGGAAUGCGAUAAGAAAAUGGAGAAGAAAGGGUUUAAGUUGCUAGAAGAGCCCCUAUGGAGGACAUACUGCAACGGAAAGAAAUGUGGGUAUGCUAUGAGGAGGGAAUGUGGGCCCGGGGAGUGGAAGAUUCUGAAUGCCGUCGGUCCGAUCACAAUGGGUGCCGGAGUUUUGCCGGAGAGCGGGGAAGGAGUUGGGUCUGAAGGUGAGCUGAUGUACAUGAGAGCCAAGUUUGAGAGAGUUGUUGGGUCUAAAGACUCUGAAGCUUUCUAUAUGAUGAACCCUGAUAGACAUGGAGGUCCUGAACUUAGCAUUUAUUUGCUGAGAGUUUGAGUAUGAGUUUGAGUUUGAGUACCCAGAAAAUAUUAUGUAAUUUCCAGCUUCAUCUGAGCUUGAAUGCUUUAAUCUUUUGGAGUUGAUUGUUAAGCCAAGUGAUAAUGGAGUUUUGUCUCUCCAUGGUAGUUUUGCUUUCCUUCAUUUUGGGGGUGAAUUUGUGGUAUAAAAUUGGUAUUAUGUUUUAUUAUUAUCUUUAGG